CUUCACAAAAGAGAAAAUGAAUCAAGUGGUAGCUAGGUCUGUUAUUCGACGGCUGAUCAACAGCCAGAAGUCACCUAUUAGUACAUUUCGGAGUCAUGAUGAUAUCGCGAUAACGAAUAGGCAGAGGCUGGGGAUUAUUGGUGGCGGAGCUCGUGUUUUGGGGACAAGGAUGAUGAGCGCAGAAGGGGGGGAUGAGGCGGCGAAGGAGAAUAAGGUCAGUGUUACGAGUUAUUGGGGAGUUGCGCGGCCUAAAGUUAAGAGGGAGGAUGGAAGUGACUGGCCUUGGAACUGUUUUAUGCCAUGGGAGACUUAUCAAGCAGACGUGUCCAUUGAUCUGAAGAAACACCAUAAACCUAAGGGUUUUCUUGAUAAAGUGGCUUACAAGACUGUGAAAAUUCUGAGACUUCCGACGGAUAUACUGUUCAAGAGACGAUAUGGAUGUCGCGCUAUGAUGUUAGAAACCGUGGCAGCGGUCCCUGGCAUGGUUGGAGGGAUGCUUUUACACCUGAAAUCUCUGAGAAAGUUUCAGCACAGUGGAGGUUGGAUCAAAGCAUUGCUUGAAGAAGCAGAAAACGAAAGAAUGCAUUUGAUGACAAUGGUGGAGCUCGUGCAGCCCAAAUGGCACGAGAGGCUCCUGGUUUUAGCCGUGCAGGGAGUUUUCUUCAAUGCUUUCUUCGUCUUAUACAUACUGUCACCAAAGCUGGCACAUAGAAUUGUCGGAUACUUGGAAGAAGAGGCCAUACAUUCGUAUACAGAGUACUUGAAAGACAUCGAUAGAGGUCUGAUAGAAAAUGUUCCGGCUCCAGCUAUAUCCAUUGAUUACUGGAGACUGCCUCAGGAUGCUAAACUGAGAGAUGUUAUACUAGUUAUUCGCGCAGAUGAGGCUCAUCAUCGAGAUGUAAACCAUUUUGCAUCUGAUAUCCACUUCGAAGGAAAGGAACUGAGGGAUGCACCAGCUCCGCUUGGCUACCACUGAAGAAAUUUAGUUAUGAAUACAGCAGCACAAGCACAUAAAAACG